AUGCCGGAGUUCCGCGACUGGGGCGGCCUGCCCGAGUUUCCCCUCUCAGAUGUGCUGCGCCGCCUCCUCCCCAGCCUCCGCUCCAUCUACGCCUUCGCGGCCACCUGCCAGUCGUGGCGCCGCCUGCUCCGCGCCUCCGCCGCCGACCUCCUCAGUCCUGGCCUGCCCCCGCUCCUCCUCGAUCCCAGAUCCCGCGUCGUCGUCCCCUUCUGCCAGGACGUCCUCGUGCAGGAGCUCGCGUACCGCGCGGACCUCACCGCCGAGGGCGCGAUCCUUGUGUCCGUCUCUCGCGGCCACCACCUCCUCCUGCGCCGCCGCCGCCGAGGCGCAUCGGAGAGCGAAGCCCGCCUCGUCAUCAUCGACGCUCUCACCGGCGCCGAACGCGGCGAGGUCACGCUCCCGUCCCCUCUCUUCGCGUAUCAUUACGCCGCCCUCUCGGCGUCCCACCUCCUCGUCUUCCACUCCAAGCAUGCCUUCUUCUCCACCCCUUUCCCCAACCCCAGCUCCCCCUCCGGUCCCGGGUGGACCAAGCACAGCCUCCCCCGCUCCGCCUCCUUCGUCACGGGCGUCCUCGAGUUCCGCGGCCGCGUCCUCGGUCUAACUGAUCGCGCGCAACUGCUGGAGCUCCGCCUCGUCGGCAGCCCCCAAAGCCAGAGCGUCCAGAUCCUGCCCGCCGCCGGCCUCCCGGACGCCACCGCCUUCGACCAGUGGGGAUUCGGGCCACGUCUGGCCGCCGUCGGGGACCGGCUGCUGCUGGUGCUCUUCAUGCUGGAGCCGAAGUCAGGCUCCGUCGUGCAGGCGAGGAGGGUGAACAAGGUGUCCGUGUACGGGCUCGACGUGGCGCGCAUGAGGUGGGAGGAAGCGGAGAGUGUCGGGCCGUACAACGUGUUCGUCGACUACGCCGGGAAGACCGCUGCCGCGUGCGUAGGCGUGGAGGAGAACCGAAUUUACGUUGCGUCUCCUGGGAGCCGCUGGAGAUCAUUCCCUCCAGGGCGGUCCGGUUAG